UCCAUCUUCAUCCACCUUCCUUCAACCACGAGGGGAUUGAGGAAUGGCAAAGACAAAGGCAGACCCUCUGUUCCUUCAGCUUCCGCCGGUAAAUCCCACCUUUCUCAUAGCGAUUCACGUUCCAAAGCCUGAGGAAUCUGGAACUGACAGCGAAGAGUCCGAUAUUAGUCUUUCCGAUGGAGAUGAGAUGUCUUGGAUCUCGUGGUUUUAUGGUUUGGGAGGCAAUGAGUUCUUUUGUGAAGUUGAUGAAGAAUACAUCCAAGAUGACUUUAAUCUUUGCGGGUUGAGUAGUCAAGUUCCAUAUUAUGAUUACGCUCUUGAUUUGAUAUUGGAUGUUGAAUCUUCACAAAGCGACAUGUUCACUGAAGAACAGAAUGAAUUGGUUGAAUCGGCUGCUGAGAUGUUGUAUGGUCUUAUACACGUACGUUACAUAUUAACUAGCAAGGUAAUGUCUGCUAUGUUGGAGAAAUACAGAAACUACGAUUUUGGAAGAUGCCCUAGAGUUUAUUGCUGUGGACAAUCUUGCCUUCCGGUUGGUCAAUCCGAUAUUCCUCGUUCAAAUACCGUGAAAAUCUACUGUCCAAAGUGUGAAGAUAUAUAUUACCCUCGAUCCAAAUAUCAAGGCAAUAAUGACGGAGCUUACGUCGGGACGACAUUUCCGCAUCUAUUUCAGAUGACGUAUCUGCACCUAAAGCCACAGAAGCCGAUGCAAAAAUACAUCCCCAGAGUUUUCGGCUUCAAGAUCCACAAGCCCUGAACCGGUGUAUAUCAAGAGUUCAUCUUUCAUAUAGUCUGGUCUGCACUGCAGAGGCAAUUCAUUUGAGCUUUGGUGCUUCUUACAAAUGCAAUGGGAUGCCCUGCAGUGUAAGGUGAAGCAGGGUUCCAACGGCGACGGUUGUCACGAUCGACAUGCCGAUAUGAAAACGUCCUAUUUCGAAAUAGCACAAACACACACAU